AUGCAUCUAGGGUGGCUAAUAUUUUAUCUUGCCUCAGUCGGGUCGGCGUCUGCUGCUGGAAACUGCAGUUACAAGGCACUUCUCGAACAUCUCGGCUUGGGCAAUGAUGACAUUCAGAUGACGUCCCUGCGGCCCGUGUUUAAAUGGGAAACCCCUACUUUUCUUUUUCUAGACCUCUUUGUGACCUCCAUCACAGAAGUGAAUGAAAAAGCCCAGAGCCUCUCAACACAAGUCACAAUUUUGCAUGGUUGGGUCAAUGAGUUCACAGUAUGGAACCCAGAUGACUUCUGUGGAAUCACUUUAUGUUCUGUUAAAAAGGACAUGGUUUGGACUCCAGACAUCAGCAUCACUGAAAGCAUCAAGACCGAGUUCGCAACAAUGGAGAAUCAGUAUGUGCAGUUGCAGAAUCAAGGCGCUGUUGUGACGUCUAACACUUUUGCUGUGACCACGGCCUGCAAGCUGAACCUGCACCAGUUUCCCUUCGACGUCCAAAGCUGCACUUUUACCCUUCAGUCUCCGAUCCAUUCAAGCAAGGAGCUCGUAAUCAGCCCGUUCUCUGACGCUUCAUUCCUGACCCUCAGCUCCAAGAAGGCCUUUCAGACUCAAGGAGAGUGGGAACUCCUUAGUAUAAAUACGUCUAAAGCCAAUGUCACUACUCUAGGAGAACCACAGGAUCAGCUGAUAUAUAAGAUCACCGUGAAGAGGAGACCUCUACUGUAUGUCAUUAACUUCCUAAUGCCAGUAUUUUACUUCCUUAUUCUGGAUUUGGCCUCCUUAUUCAUGGAUUCAGCUGGAGGAGAGAAGCUGGGUUUUAAAGUAACUCUGCUUCUGUCUAUUUCUGUGUUACUGCUGCUUCUCCAAGACAUGCUGCCCUCUACUGCCAGUGAUAUCCCCCUGAUUGGGGUUUAUUGUGUUGUCAUCUUCACUCUGAUGGGCAUCAGCGUUCUGGAGACCAUUCUUGUGAAUUUUCUGAUUGCUAAAGGAAAUCGGACGAUUUCAGUAAAACCAAUGGAAAGCUCAUCUGCUCUUUCUGAUGCUGUGAAGGACACUAAGAGCCCUCCAGACUCAGAAACAGACAGGCAUGAAGAGCGGCUGUAUGCUCUUGAUCUUCUGAAGCAGAUCCUCGUGGAGCUUCAGGCUGCUGCUACACAUCAAAACCAACAAGAGAGGAAAUACCUGAGCUGGACCAGAGUGGCAACAAUAGUUGAUGUGAUCUUUAACUUUCUGUAUGUAACCACAGUUAUUGUGUUUCUGAUAAUGCUGUUCAAAGCUUGGUUCCCAUGAGUGAAUGUCCCUUAUAGGCCUGUAUAUGAGAUCUACAGAAAGACAUGCAUGACUCAUUAGAGCACAGAUCAGCCAG